CCAAGCUGGCCUCCCCGGCCCCCUCCCUAACCCCCGCCCCAGACCUGGAUCCGGACCCGGACCCGGACCCCGACCAGCAGCGGCUCGCCCCCGAGGAGCAGUAUGUGAGCGAGGGCGAGCCCGGCCAGCCCGACCCCGACCCGGCGCCGCCCGACUGCAGGGACGCCGAAACCAUCACAGAUGUGUGCAACAGCACCGACCUGCCAGAGUUCGAGAUCAUCAGCCUCCUGGAGGAGCAGCUGCCGGUGUACCGGCUGCGGGCCGACACCGUCUACGGCUACGACCACGAUGACUGGCUCCACACCCCGCUGGUGGCCCCGGAGGCCAGGCUCGACCUGACCACCGAGCAGAUCGAAGAGACCCUCAAGUACUUCUUGCUAUGUGCAGACCGAGUGGGCCAGAUGACGAAGACCUACAGCGACAUUGACGCCGUCACACGUCUGCUGGAAGAGAAAGAGAGAGACCUGGAGCUUGCUGCAAAGAUCGGCCAAUCACUCCUCAAGAAGAACCGAACUCUGACUGAGCAGAAUGAUUAUUUGGAGGAACAAGUUGUCCAAAUCACAGAAGAGGUGGCUCAGCUGCACCAUGAGCUGAAUCUGAAGGAUGAACUGCUGCAGUUUUACACCAAUGCGGCCGAGGAGAGCGAGGACGAGUCCGGCAGCUCCCCAACGGGGAAGAAGAGUAAAGUGGAAGCAGCGGCAGGAGGUUUUGUGAGCGACACACUUCAGAGGAAACUCAAAGAGCUGGAGGAGGAGAACCUGUCGCUCCGCUCGGAGGCAAACCAUCUGAAGUCAGAGACUGAAACCUAUGAAGAGAAGGAGCAGCAGCUGGUGAACGACUGCGUGAAAGAACUCAGGUUGUCCAGCCUCCAGAUCUCUGCCAUCGCCGAGGAACUGGCCCGUAAGACUGAAGAUGCCUCCCGACAGCAAGAGGAGAUCACACACCUGCUCUCUCAGAUCGUCGAUCUGCAAAAGAAAGCAAAGUCUUUUGCAGUUGAGAAUGAGGAGCUCUCUCAGCACCUGCUGGCAGCUAAAUACGCCCAGAGGCAGCUGACGGCGGAGCUUCAGGAGCUGGAGGAGAAGUACUCGGAGUGCAUCGAGAUGCUGCACGAGGCUCAGGAGGAGCUGAAGAACCUGAGGAACAGAAACUACCCUGCAGGGACGCCUCGGCGCUACCACCCGCUGGGGCUGUACCCGAUGGACUCUUUGGCAGCUGAGAUCGAGGGAACCAUGAGGAAGGAGCUGAGUCUGGAUGACCCCGAGUGUGAAGAGCAGAAGAGCCACAGGAAGCGAGUGUUCGAGACGGUGAAGAACGUGAACCAGACGGUCCGGCAGCGCUCCCUGACUCCGACCAGCGCCAACAUCCCGGGCUCCAACCAGUCCCCCCGCACCUCGCCCCAGUCCAGCGGCCUCUCCACGCCCCACUCCAGCGUCUACGGGGGAGACUUCGCCGGGGACAGCGUCGCCCUCGACAACCGGGCCCAAAGCAUCCUGAUGGAGACGGCGUCGAACCGGGACAGCGUGGAGGGCCGGGAGAAGAAGCUGAGCGGGGCGGAGGACCUGCGGCUCGCCCUGCGCCGCCUCUCCCUGCGCCGGCAGAACAACCUGAGCGAAAGACGCUUCUUCGAGGAGGAGAGAGAGCGGAGGAGGGGAGGAGGAGGACACGGCGGGCUUCCGGACGCCCAGGAGAGUCUGCUGACCCCGUCCGAGAGCAUCAUGUCGCUGGGGAACCUCCACCUGUGGGCCUCGCGGGGGCCCUACCUCCCCGACAAGCUUCAGAUCGUCAAACCGCUGGAAGGCUCUGCCACCCUGCACCACUGGCAGCAGUUAGCUCAGCCCCACCUCGGUGUGAUCCUGGACGCCCGGCCUGGAGUCGUACCCAAAGGCUACCGGCCGCUGGAGCUGGAGCUGGAGCAGGUCUACCCUUGGGGCGGUUUCGAGGAGGAUGAACCAGGAGAGCAGUAUUUCCAGAACCUCCCCACCUCCUCGGCCUCCACCACUCCGGCCGUGCCCUCCACCUCCGGCACCGGGGACGCCGCCCUGGGGCAGCCUCCCACCAGCCUCGCCCCGCCCUCUCCGGCCUCGCCAUCCCCCUCUCCGCACCUGAGCAACACCGACGCGUUGGCGGCCUACUACCCGGGGAAAUGCAUGGCUCACACCAGCUCCACCUACACCUUCACCACCUGUCGGAUCCUGCACCCCACAGAUGAGCAGACGCGGGUCACGCCGAGUCUGAACCCAGUCCCUUCGUCGUCCUCCUGUGUGAUGACCAGCACGCUGCUGGGAACGCCCGCCGUGACUCCCUGCACGCCGCGGAGACUCAGCCUGAGACCCUCUGAGUCCUCAACCAACCUCAGAGAUGCGACUCGCACCACCAGCACCUCCCUGGGGUUGGUGCGCCUCCUGCAGGAGCGAGGGAUCUCUGCAGCCAUGUACCACCAGAGCCAGGGUCUGGAGCACGGCCCGGGCAGCGGCGGAGUCCUGUUCAGCACCUCCAUAGCCCCCAACCGCGCCCCCCAGCCCGACCCGCUGCGGCCUUCCACCCCUCCGAACUCCCCCACCAGACCGGGGGCGUCCUCAGUUGCGACCUCUGCAGGUUUCGACUUCAAGAGCCCCUCGUACGACAACUUCCUGGCCUCCAAACCGGCCCGGUCCAUCCUGAAGGAGGUGACGGGGGGCAUCAGGGGCCGGCAGAGGGGGAAGGACUGCGAGAGCCAAACGGACGUGAGCGUCACUGUCCACAACCUCAACCUGCUGGACAAGGUGAAGCGGCUCGGGGUGGGCGGGGCCCCGGGCGGCCGGGCGGUGAGUCCAGGGCCGAUGCUGGGGCCCCUGGGGGGCCUGCGCAGAUCCGGCUCCCCUUUCGGUCCUGACGGGAUGAGGAGGAACCGGAGUUACCCGGCCAUGGUGGGAGCCAGCAUGGCCAUGAAGGCCCCAGGGCCCCAGGAUUAAUCUGGACUAAUGCCAGGGAAGGGGGACAGAGGGGGUCGACUGGUCGACUGGCUGCUGAGCAGCCGCCAGGAGCCCCAACGAGACAGCAGCUCUGAACGGUUUAACACGCCUCGACUCUGAGAG